AUGGCCAGGUUGACGAGGGUGGAACUGGUGAGGGGCGUCAUCGACGACGCGCUGAACGACAGGUCGAAACCGUGGCACGCGGCGUUCGUGCGGGCCGAGGCGCUGACCGGUUUGCCCAGGUUCCGCGUGCUGCUGUGCGUCGUCCUGGUCGCGUCGGUGCUGUUCAUGUUCGAGCCCACCGCGGAACUGAUGAGCAACGUGUUCGCGCUCGUCUUGCCCGCGGUGGCCACGGUGUCGGCGACCGUCUCGCCGCUGCCGCCGCCGCCGGUGUGGCGCAAGUACGACCGCGUGACGGCCGCCGACGAGGCCCGCAACGAGAAGUUCGCGUACUGGAUGACGUUCGCCGCGGCGCUGAUCGUCGAAUCGCUCUGCCGGCCGGUGUUGCGGUUCGUGCCGCUGUACCAGAUGUGCCGGACGUGGUUUUUCGUCUGGUGUUUCGUGCCGAUCCGGGAAAACGGCUCCGCGUACGUGCUCGACGCGGUCGUACGGCCGUUUUUCGAGAUGGUCUUCGGUUCGGACGACUGA